UGUGAGGGGAGGCGCGUGCGCGGCGGCGCGAGGGGGAAGCAAAAGGCGGGGCGUCCCCAGGGUGAAUGACGCCCUUGGCUGUGUGGCUGGCUGGCUGGCGCCGAGUCGAAGUGGACGCAACUUCCCCAAGACGGAGUGGUCGCCGCCUCCGCCUCCUCCUCGAGGGACAGAACCGGCGCGGGCUGAGCCGCCCCUCUCUCACUGCAGCCCCCCGGCCCCGUGCGCCGUCCUUGUCCUCCUCCGCGCCCAGUUCGGGGCUGGCGCGGGGAGUAUGAAAGUUCCGCCUCCUCCUCCUCCGCCGCGGCACCGACGAGGCUCCGGCCGCUUCCUGCUUCCCCUGCUCAGGCAGAGCGGCUGCUUCUCCCCGCGGCGGUGAGAGGCUCUGCGGGGCGUCGGGAGACCCAGGCGCUCCGGCGGCCGCAGUCCUCUGCCCAGCCUCUGAGGGGCGCCCUUCGCCUUUGGCCGCCCCCGGUGAUAAAAGUGCCUCAGAAGCUGCCGGCCACCAAGACUCGGAAGGAGGUUCAUGAAGGGGAGAACGGAGACAGUGACGCGCGCGCCGGCCUCCCUCCUGAACACACAUCCUGACCAGCCUUACGGGAUUCCCCGUCCCUCCUUCCCGGCAAUCACUGGAGACUUUAUUGUUUGGGUGUUUUAAGAUUACUUAAUUCCACCCCCAAUCAGAUCCUGCUUUUGAAUUUUUUAGGGUUAUCUUUCAGGGGAAAAGCGACUUCACCCCUCUUCCUGCUGGUCAGACUCCUGGAGGGGAAGAGAAGGGGAACUUUCCUGGAUACCUGAAUCCGUGCAGUUGGGGGUUUCUUCGUGGGGACAUUUCCGAGUGGCUGGGGACACAUCGGGGGUUUUUUUUGUUUUUUUUUUUACCCCUCUCCUCACUGAAAACUUGCAGAGUAAUCAACGAUGGAGUUGGGCCGGAUGGAUUAUUUCUGUGAUCAGGUGCAGCAGAAAGAUGUGGGCCGCAGGAUGCAAGUCGGCCAAGAAUUUCUGGAGUACCUGAAUGAUCCGGAUGCGUCCUCUGACAUCGAGCAGGAUCAGCAACGCCUUGAUAAAGUGAUUGAUGAAUUAACGGGAUGGGUUAACUCUAGCAAUUAUAAGGUGUCAUUACUUGGAUUAGAUCUUCUAGGUGCCUUUGUUGACAGAUUGUCAGGACGCUUCAAAUCUUAUAUAGGAACUGUUCUUCUGGUGUUGGUGGAUCGAAUGGGAGAUGCCAAAGAUCAGGUUCGGGAACAAGCACAGAAUCUUGCUUUGAAGCUAAUGGAUCAGGCAGCUCUACCAAUGUACAUUUGGGAUCGCCUUGCUGCUGGCUUUAAGCACAAGAACUAUCGGUCACGAGAAGGAGUGUGUCUGUGUCUCAUCGCAACCUUAAACAAUUAUGGCGCACAAUCCUUAGUUCUCAGCAAAUUGGUGCCACACUUAUGCAACUUGUUUGGAGACUCCAAUAGCCAGGUGAGAGAUGCUGCAAUAUUGGCAAUUGUGGAGAUUUAUAGACACAUAGGGGAGAAAGUGCGGGCAGACCUCAACAAGAGAGGAAUUUCUUCUGCAAGGUUACAAACGAUAUUUAUGAAAUUUGAUGAAGUGAAAAACUGCGGCAAUAUGAUUUCGAGCAACAUCAGCGAUAAAAGCUUUGAUGAUGAAGAAUCAGUGGAUGGAAACAGGCCAUCUUCAGCUGCCUCUGCUUUCAAGGUUCCUGCACCUAAAAAACCUGGAAAUCCUAUAAAUACUUCAAGAAAGCCAGGUUCUGCUGGUGGGCCUAAGGUUGGAGGCACAACCAAGGAAGGUGGAGCGGGUGCUGUUGAUGAAGAUGAUUUUAUAAAGGCAUUUACAGAUGUUCCUGCUGUACAGAUCUAUUCUAGUCGUGAACUCGAAGAAACGCUAAAUAAAAUCAGGGAAAUCUUGUCAGAUGACAAACAUGACUGGGAUCAACGAGCCAGUGCGCUUAAGAAGGUCCGGUCACUGCUUGUUGCUGGAGCAGCACAGUAUGACUGCUUUUUCCAGCAUUUACGGUUGUUGGAUGGAGCAUUUAAAUUAUCAGCUAAAGAUCUCCGAUCACAAGUUGUUAGAGAAGCAUGCAUUACUGUAGCCCAUCUUUCAUCUAUCCUUGGAAACAAGUUUGAUCAUGGCGCAGAAGCCAUUGUGCCUACUCUGUUUAAUCUUGUCCCUAAUAGCGCCAAAGUCAUGGCUACUUCUGGGUGUGCCGCCAUUAGAUUUAUCAUUCGUCAUACCCAUGUGCCCAGACUCAUACCUUUAAUAACUAGCAACUGUACCUCAAAAUCUGUUGCAGUUAGGAGGCGCUCUUUUGAAUUUUUAGACCUGUUGUUGCAAGAGUGGCAAACUCAUUCCUUGGAAAGGCAUGCAGCUGUCUUAGUUGAAACUAUCAAAAAGGGCAUUCAUGAUGCUGAUGCAGAAGCAAGAGUGGAGGCAAGAAAGACUUACCUAGGUCUAAGGAAUCAUUUUCCAGGUGAAGCAGAGGUGCUGUAUAAUAAUCUUGAACCAUCCUAUCAAAGAAGUCUCCAGACAUACUUGAAAAAUUCUGGUAGCGUCACAUCACUUCCACAGUCAGACAGGUCAUCUUCCAGCUCACAGGAAAGCCUCAAUCGUCCUUUCUCUUCAAAAUGGUCCACAUCCAGCUCAGCAAGUGUAGCUGGCAGAGUUGCAGGGAGUACCAAGGCUGCUCCAAGCCCAGGAACGCUGCAGAGGUCUCGCAGUGACAUUGACGUUAAUGCCGCUGCUGGUGCUAAGGCACGUCAUGGUGCUGGCCAGCCAGCAGGAACUGGACGAUUAGCAGCCGCUGGUCUACCUCCAGGAUCAUAUGCUUCACUAGAGGAUACUUCUGACAAGAUGGAUGGAACAGCUUCUGAAGAUGGACGCGUGCGAAGCAAACUUUCAACACCUUCUAUGGGCAUUGGAAACUCAAAGACAGAUUCCAGGGGCCGUAGCCGAACAAAAGUUGUGUCUCAGUCUCAGCCUGGUAGCCGCUCUGGUUCUCCUGGAAGAGUUUUAACUACCACUACACUCUCGACUAUGAACACUGGGGUUCAGAGAGUGCUGGUCAGCCCUGCAACAGCACAGAAGCGGAGCAAGAUUCCCCGAAGCCAAGGAUGCAGCAGAGAGGCCAGUCCUUCAAGACUAUCAGUUGCACGAGGUAGUCGUAUUCCUCGACCUAGUGUGAGUCAGGGGUGCAGUCGGGAAGCCAGCCGUGAAAGUAGCAGGGAUACAAGCCCUGUCCGCUCUUUUGCACCCCUUGGCACAGGUUUUGGAAUAAGUCAGUCAAGUCGGUUGUCAUCUUCAGUUAGUGCCAUGCGAGUCUUAAACACAGGCUCCGAUGUUGAAGAAGCAGUAGCAGAUGCUUUGAAAAAACCAGUACGAAGGAGGUACGAGUCAUAUGGAAUGUAUUCUGAUGAUGACGCCAACAGUGACGCAUCCAGUGCUUGCUCAGAAAGAUCAUACAGCUCUCGAAAUGGCACCAUCCCUACCUAUAUGCGCCAAACAGAAGAUGUAGCUGAGGUCCUCAAUCGUUGUGCAAGCUCCAACUGGUCAGAAAGAAAAGAAGGCCUUCUGGGACUACAAAAUUUAUUAAAAAACCAGAGGACUUUAAGUCGUGUUGAAUUAAAAAGACUGUGUGAAAUCUUCACACGAAUGUUCGCCGACCCACAUAGCAAGAGAGUGUUCAGCAUGUUUUUGGAAACUUUGGUAGACUUCAUUCAAGUCCAUAAAGAAGAUCUUCAGGAUUGGCUGUUUGUGUUGCUGACACAACUGCUGAAAAAAAUGGGUGCUGAUCUGUUGGGAUCUGUACAAGCAAAAGUUCAAAAGGCGCUGGAUGUAACAAGGGAAUCAUUUCCAAAUGAUCUCCAGUUCAAUAUUUUAAUGAGAUUCACUGUUGACCAGACUCAGACACCCAGCUUGAAGGUAAAAGUUGCAAUUCUUAAAUACAUAGAGACUCUUGCACAACAGAUGGACCCAGGGGAUUUUGUAAAUUCAAGUGAAACUCGUCUAGCAGUAUCUCGAAUUAUCACUUGGACAACAGAACCUAAAAGUUCAGAUGUUAGAAAGGCUGCACAGUCUGUAUUGAUUUCCCUUUUUGAACUCAAUACUCCAGAGUUUACAAUGUUGCUGGGUGCUUUACCAAAAACUUUUCAAGAUGGCGCCACAAAGCUUCUUCAUAACCACCUCCGAAAUACAGGAAACGGUAGCCAGGGAUCCAUGGGGAGCCCUUUAACAAGACCUGUUCCUCGCUCACCAGCAAGUUGGUCUAGCCCCCUCACUUCACCAACUAAUACAUCCCAGAAUACGUUGUCACCAAGUGGAUUUGAUUAUGACACAGAAAAUAUGAAUUCAGAAGAUAUUUAUAGUUCUCUCCGUGGAGUUACUGAAGCAAUUCAGAACUUUAGUUUUCGCAGUCAGGAGGAUAUGAAUGAGCCUAUGAAACGGGAUUCAAAAAAAGAAGAUGGUGAUUCAAUUUGCAGUGGGUCUGGAAUAGAUCUGCGAGCAGGAAGUGGAGCUACCGAUACAGGCCGAACUGCUCUUGACAACAAAACCUCGUUGCUUAACACAAUGCCUCCUCAUUCUUCCCCACGGUCACGUGAUUAUAAUCCAUAUAACUACACAGAUAGCAUUGGUUCUUUUAACAAAUCAGCUUUAAAAGAAGCCAUGUUUGAUGAUGAUGCAGAGCAGUUUCCUGAUGAACCUCCCUUGGACCAUUCUGAUCUGGUUGCAGAAUUGCUGAAAGAGUUGUCAAACCAUAAUGAGAGAGUUGAAGAACGAAAAGCUGCUCUCUAUGAACUUAUGAAACUGACCCAAGAAGAAUCUUUUGGUGUUUGGGAUGAGCACUUCAAAACAAUUCUGCUUCUGUUAUUAGAAACCCUUGGGGACAAAGAGCAUGCAAUUAGAGCGCUGGCGUUGAAAGUCUUACGAGAAAUUUUAAGGUACCAACCCGCAAGAUUUAGAAAUUAUGCAGAACUCACAAUCAUGAAAACAUUAGAAGCUCACAAGGACCCUCAUAAGGAGGUGGUAAGAUCUGCUGAAGAGGCUGCUGCUAUGUUAGCCACAUCCAUUAGCCCGGAUCAGUGCAUCAAAGUACUUUGUCCCAUUAUCCAAACAGCAGAUUACCCCAUUAAUCUGGCGGCGAUCAAAAUGCAGACUAAGGUGAUAGAGAGAGUACCUAAAGAAACCCUUGCUCAGCUCUUGCCAGAGAUAGUACCAGGUUUAAUACAGGGCUAUGACAACUCAGAGAGCAGUGUUCGGAAGGCUUGUGUCUUCUGCCUCGUAGCCAUCCAUGCAGUAAUUGGUGAUGAACUGAAACCACAUCUCAGUCAACUCACUGGCAGCAAAAUGAAGUUAUUGAACCUUUACAUCAAACGUGCACAAACAGGCUCUGGAGCAGGUGAUGCGGCUGCAGAUGUUUCUGGACAAAGCUAAUGAAGCUAGUUGCCCACAGAAUAGGUCUUAUGAAGAAAAGACAAACAGUAAAAGGAAAAAAAUAUUGAACACACUUUUUUGGAACUCUUCAUUUUUGUUGGGGUUUCUUUUGUUUUUUUCUCCCUUCCCCCUUUAUGGAGGGCUACUCUCAGCCUGCAUGUGACUGUUGCAGUUAUUUCAUAUCCAAGGGGGAAAACAGUAUUAAUAUCAUUUGGUUGACACAAAAUAAAUUUUAAAAUGUAAUCCAUUAUGUUUUCUGUCCACACUCCUCUGUGUGUCUCCCCAUUAAUUUUUACCAGUGUUACUGUACAUUUUCUUAAUAGAAAAAAGCAAGCUAAUUAAACCAGAAUGCAUUAAACUCUGAAAGUGAAAAUCUACAUUUCCUUGUUUUUGUUCGACUUGCAAAGUAACAUAGCUGUUGUUGUUUUUGUUAAAGUACCAUGUUCUUUGCUGGACAAGACUGGUCUGAACUGCAACUAGACUGUAUUUGGAGAUACAUCCUCAUUAUGUGUGUCGACUAAGAUAAUUUGAAGUUUAAAAGCAAACAGUGCCCAUCAGUGCUGGAUUGACCCAGCUCUGGGAAAGUGGUUAUGUACUUCACUGGUUGAAUGUUUGUCCUGUAAAUAAGAGUUCACUGCAACCUAGGAGGACUGCAGCGAAUACCUCCUUUUUGUGGAAGGUGGCAUAUUCAGAGUACAGUGUUGCAGAACUGGGGUAAUGGUGUGCCCUGCUUUUCCAGUAGCAGGUUAAACUAAGUCACUUAAUGGAUAUGACCCAUCCUUAUCACCAUCCCUCCUUCAAGCAGGAUGCUUCAGAGUGGAGUGCUCUGCACAAGCAUGCUCAGUAUGUAUUUAUCUUUAUCACUAGAAUUUUUCCUCUCGACUUAAUUACUGGAACUACUAGUUCUAUCCUUUUAAUUCAUGUAAGGAAAAUAGCACUGCAGAAAACUCCUUGGUGAUCAAUUUAUUUUAUUUUAUUUUUUUGCAAGCGUUGGGGUUUCUGCACUGAAUUUUGGGGUGUUUGGGGGGGGGUAAAAAUCACAAGCACUAUAUGGACCUUAACAUCAUUGGUUUGAGGGGUUAAUUUGAAUGAGCUGGGAAAGCUGCACCAAAUUUAUUGCAUGGUUUUCUUGAAACAGUGUCAUCGAGAUCAUCCGGAUUGAGAUGUGGAAAUGUUUUCAGGUUGUUUCUGUAAUUUUUUAAAAACUUCAUUGUGAAUAAUGCUUCUUUGUAUUUAUGGACUUGAUAACAAGCUUAACUGAGAGAUGGGAGUGAGAUCAGCACCCUUCUUACAAUGGCUAGAACAUAGAUGUUGUGACCACGGCUGCAUCGUCUAGUUUUGGGGAUUGUGUCCUCACGGGAGAGAACAUAGCAGUGCCAAGGAUGAAGAUGAUCUGUGCUAGGCUAAGAUUCUCUCUACCUCUUCAGGGUGAAUACUUUUGACUGAGCUGCUACCCAUAACGUCUUGUGGAAAAACUUGUCUAUAGAAAUAUUUUUUUUAUUUUUAUUUUUUUCCUUUGCUAAUGUGUAUUCAAAGCCCAAUUCUCUAACAUGCAGCCAAAUGCCAUUUUUUUUAAAAAAAGAGAGAGCUAAUAACACUUUACUCGCUAGUUACCUUGAAAGGCAAAUUCAAAAAAAAUGUGCGGAAUACUUGCAUUUACAUAAUAUAAUAAGUCAUUUUGACUUUGAUCGGCAGUAGUUCUGACUGGGAAAGAUGAAAUGUGGUUCUUGAAGAAACAGUUUGCUAUUGCCGAAAGCUGUUUAUUGGGGGAAAUAUUUUAGAAAUAUAUGUACAAAAUUUAAAAUUGUUAUUAUUCAUCACUGGCUUUUUUUUUUAGCAGCUGCAUCAGAAAAAUAGUC